AAGAAUCCCGAGAGCUUCCGGUACGCUGCUGCAUGAGAACUGGCCGGUGCAUUGGACUGGAUUGAAGUCCCCUUUUACAAGUAAUCUGGCGUUGAGUUAAACUUAAAAUCAUGUCUCUCGUCAAUAUAGCAACUAGGAGAUUACUUCUGAAUGCCAAGAAUGCUCUACCUGCAUUUGGUGCUGGGGUCAGAAAUGCAUCAGAGUCAACAGAUUUAAGAGAAGUGCUAGCCAGACAAAUUCCAGAGAAGCAGAAGGAAAUCAAAGAAUUCCGCAAAGAAUGUGGGUCAAAGGUCAUCGGUGAGAUUCAAGUAGACAUGCUUUAUGGAGGUAUGCGAGGUAUGAAGGGUCUCGUCACAGAGACAUCUGUGCUCGAUCCAAAUGAAGGCAUCCGUUUCCGUGGUUACAGCAUCCCUGAAUGUCAGAAGCUUCUCCCUAAGGCUCCAGGUGGAUCCGAGCCACUGCCUGAAGGUCUUUUCUGGCUCCUGGUCACGGGAGAGAUCCCAACAGAGGCUCAGGUCAAAGCCAUCUCUCAGGAAUGGAACGAGAGAGCAGCCGUCCCGUACCACGUUGUGCAGAUGCUGAAUAACUUCCCCGAUUCACUCCAUCCUAUGUCUCAGUUCAGUGCUGCUAUCUCCGCUAUGAACAGCGAGAGCAAGUUUGCCGAGGCUUACGCACAGGGUGUUCAUAAGACCACAUACUGGGAGUACACCUAUGAAGAUUCCAUGAACCUGAUUGCCAAGCUCCCUACUGUAGCAGCCAUUAUCUACCGUAAUCUCUACAAGGAUGGCAAGGUAUCUCCUAUCAGUAUGGACAUGGACUGGUCUGGUAACUUCUCUCAGAUGCUUGGUUAUGAUAAUGACAUGUUCACAGAGCUUAUGAGGCUGUACCUCACAAUUCACAGUGACCAUGAAGGAGGUAAUGUCAGUGCCCACACAGUUCAUCUUGUUGGCAGUGCUCUUUCAGAUCCUUAUCUUUCAUUUGCUGCUGGUAUGAAUGGUCUUGCUGGACCACUCCAUGGACUCGCUAACCAGGAAGUGCUGGUAUGGCUGACAAAGCUCCGAGAGCAGGUUGGGGAUAAUGUAUCUGAUGAAAACAUGAGAGAAUUCAUCUGGAAUACACUCAAAUCAGGACAGGUUGUACCGGGCUAUGGCCACGCUGUCCUGAGGAAGACGGAUCCUCGUUACGAAUGCCAACGUGAGUUUGCCCUGAAGCAUCUACCUGAUGACCCUAUGUUCAAGCUUGUUAGUCAGAUUUAUAAGCUAGUACCUGACAUCCUCCUGGAGCAAGGCAAGGCCCAGAACCCAUGGCCCAACGUGGAUGCACACAGUGGUGUGUUACUCCAGUAUUACGGCAUGACAGAGAUGAACUACUACACCGUCCUCUUUGGUGUUUCAAGGGCUUUGGGUACCCUUGCUUCUCUCAUCUGGGACAGAGCCUUCGGUCUACCUCUGGAACGACCAAAAUCAAUGAGCACCGAGGGGCUCAAGAAGCUUGUCGGUCGCUAAACAACCCCCUAUUCUAAUAAAGCUAUGCCACACAAAACCUCUAAAACCUAACCUAAAGGGAGUAUUAUAUACAAAAGGGUUUUUGCGAAGAUGUGUGUAUAAAUCUAACUAAAAGAUAUAUUUAUGGGACUCGAUGGAGUGUACUUGUUGAAUGAAAUUUGGACAAAGUCACCUUUUAGCGGAAAUAUAUUAGACCCACUGUGUUGAAUCUUGUGAUGUCCUGAAUAUUAUAUGUACGACAUGAUUAUUUGUAUUCAAAAAUGCAGUUGAGAGUUGAAUACCAAGUAUGAAAAAUUAUUUUGAGUUUUAUCCCAAGGAUGGUUCAGUUUUGUAGAUCUAUUUUGACCUGGGAAGCUGCUUUGCUGUUUACUUCAAUUUUAUUUCCGGUUUAGAAUAAAUUCUUACAUAUCGACAGUUGUGAACUUGUAAAUUUUGUGAUUUUGUUGAAAAUACCAGAUUUAAUCUAUUCUAUCAAAUGUCAUAAAAGUCAAAGCCAGCCAAAUGCUUGGAGAAAUAUUUUCAAGGUAAUGGCUGUAAUGUGGUAUAUCCCUUUCAACUUUGUAUCCAUACCAUAUCUAAAUCUGUGAGCAUUCUACAUGUAGGCUUAUAUUAGGUGGAUACCAACUAUUCUUUGCCAAUCGUAUGAAACUGUACUAGCAGGAUAGUCAUGUAUUUUCCUUUCAAUACAAGGUGACGAUUGUAGCAUAACACUACUAUCAAUAUCGUUUGACUCUUUUGCCAAAAUAGAUUUCAAUAGUAGGAUUUAUAGAUUUGGCAUUAUUGUUUGUUAGCUUCAUUACCCUGCUUUAUUGAUUUUUUUUCUGAGAUGUUGGCGCCUGCUAAAACUGUUAUUUUGCUUUAGAUUGUAUUUUAUUUGAAGACCAAGUGCAUAUCUGUUCUGAGAUUCCAAGGCAAUAAAUUAUGACUGUGCAGUGCUUAAUCUGGCAAGGCAGUGUAUUUCAUCGCUUUUAUACUUGCCCAAUUAUGUACCUGUACAGCUCAUACAAUCUACAGUGAAAUGAUUCGACAUUGUUUCUACAAAUCUUUUCCUUUUGGCUUGACUACUAGUAUUUGGCUUGACAACUAGUAUUUAACACAUGCUGUGUAUGGUGCGGGUCUUUCCAAGAAAGAUUCAUUAAAUUCUUUGCCUAAUUAAUGAUUGAUCUAUGCAGAGAUUUAGUGCAGUAUCAGUUAAUGAAAGAAUUGAAAAAAAUAUGGGAUAUGGCACACUAACAUGACAGUUUAUCAUAAUCAUCUUGAGUGAUAAGAAAAAAAUGAAUUUGACAGUCAGUUCUGUUUUGGAGAAAGGAAUUUUUAAAUGUGUGUUAUGUAAUCUGUUAUUCAGCACACUGUGAAUGUACAAAUAUAUUCUGAGAGAAUAAAGUCUUUUAGACCCACU